GCAAGAGCGAUUGCAAGAGUUGGAAUUAAGGUGGAAAACCAAAUUGCCGUUGCAAGAGAGAUGGAAAAACCAAUUACCGUUCUCAGUAUUGAUGGAGGAGGCGUUAGAGGAAUCAUCCCUGGGGUUUGUCUUGAAUUUCUUGAAUCUGAACUUCAGAAACUCGAAAAAGACCCUAAUGCCAGGCUUGUGGACUACUUUGAUGUCAUCUCAGGGACUAGCACUGGUGGUCUUAUUGCGGCAAUGAUAUCAGCACCCGGUGACGACAAACGGCCUUUAUAUGCUGCCGAAAAGAUUGUGCCUUUCUACAAAGAGAACUGCCCAAAAAUUUUCCCAAACUCAGGCAACUGGUCCGAACCAAACAAAACCUUUGCCGGGGAAAUGCUACUAAAGAUCACAGAAACUUGGGAGGAGAUUGGUCAGACGUCAGUCACAGAAGCAUAUGAUGCAAAAUUUGAGGAAAUUGGAGGUGUGAAAAAACCAUACUAUGAUGGUAAAUACCUUCAUCAAUUGGCAAAAAAAAUUCUUGGGGAGAAAAGGCUGCAUGAUACCCUGACGAAAGUCGUCAUUCCUGCAUUUGACAUCAAGAAGCUCUCGCCUGUUGUCUUUUCCUCUUACCAGGUGGAUAAUGAUCAGAAUAAAUUUUUGGAUGCUCUUCUCUCAGAUAUUUGUAUUAGCACCUCGGCUGCACCAGUUUACCUUCCUGCUUAUGAGUUCAGCAACGAAGGUGUAGAAUUCAAUAUGAUUGAUGGUGGGGUUGCCGCUAAUAAUCCGACUGUAGCUGCUAUUACCGAAGCAGUGAAAAGAAGGUCGGAAGACAUUGAGAAGGAUGAGAAGAAAUUGGACGUCAAUUCAUUUCGUCUUGUUGUACUCUCAUUGGGAACAUGUCAACACAAGACCGAGAAAUACAAUGUUAAAAUGGCUAAUAGCUGGUGGGCUGUUAACUGGUUGAUUUACCCAUUGAGGAAAUGGUGGAAAGCGGAUCAUCCUUUACCUGAAAUCCUCUUUGAUGCAAACUCCGAUAUGAUUGAUUACUAUUGCACAAUGUUUUUUGAAUCCUUCCAUAAUGCUGAAAAUUUCCUUCGUGUUCAGGACGAUAAAUUGCCGGAAGACCUUGCUCGCUUGGAUAACGGUUCCCCUGCGAACUUGGAAAAAUUAGAGAAGUAUGCCAAAAACUUGUUGAACAAGCCUGUUACACACCUCAAUCCUGCUACCUUCGAACGCUCUGAGGUUGAUACCGAUGAAACCUAUGCAGAAGCACUCAAAAAGUUUGCAAAGAAGCUUUAUGAUAUAAAGCACGGUUAUCCGUUCAUUGUCUCUUCUUGAAGGCAUGACUAGCUGAGGCCGAACCGCCGAAGCCAUAACAAAAUAAGUUUAUUGUUAUAAUAAAGCUCGACAAGGUCUGCUGUUUGUCGAGUUCAUAAUACUUAUAUAUAUAUAUAUAUUAUAUACCUGUGUGUAUGAUAGAUAUUUCCCUUUCAGUUUGGGUACACCAAUAAACUAACAGGGCUACUAUUGUACGUUGGAUUUUAAUGAAAGCCCCAGAGCAUGUAAUAAAGUACGGUCAUGUAUGUGUGCAUAUAUAUAUAUACACACACGCGCGAUCGUUGAAUGUGUGAUUGCAUAUUAUUAUAAAAUUAUUGUUGAUCUACUUUUUAACGA